AUGGAUGAAUGGGCAGGAACCAGUCAAUACACUGCAGAAAAUUCCAGAGACAUCAAAGACUCGGCAAAAGAGAAGGUGAACACUGCUACAGAAAAGGCUAGUGAUAUAACAAACGCAGCAAAAGAGAAAGCCAGUGAAGCUGCAAACGCAGCAAAGGAGAAGGCUAGUACCAUAAAGAAUAAAUCAGGAGAAAUAACAAACGAGGCAACACAGAAGGCUAAUGAGUCAAAGGAAAGAGCAUCCCAAAAGGCAGAGGAGGCAAAGGAAAAGACAUCUCAGGCAGCAAAUAAAGCCUCAGAAGCAAAAGAGAGAGUAGCCCAAAAGGCAGGAGAGACUAAAGAGAAGACAUCUCAAAAGGCUGAGGAAGCCAAGGAAACAGCUAGGGAAAUGGGAAAGAGUGCUGUAGAGGAAGCCAAGAAGAAGCAGUAUGAUACAGAGGAGCAUCUAAGUUGAGCCACGGAAAAAGCUAAAGAAGCUUAUGAUGCAUCUAAAAACAAAGCAGAAGAGACUGUAGAGUCUGCUGAGGACACCAUUGCCUCUAACUAUGAGGCAGCCAAGCAAAAGUCUAAGAAGAUCAAAGAUAAUGUAGCUGGUAGAGGUCGUGAUGAGGAACUCUGAGCUAAUCUAGCUAC